ACGCUUCACCACGCAAUGCAAGACUCAACCUCCGCUUCCGCCGCCGUCGAACCCGACUACAACCACCACCACCACCAAUACGCGCAGCUGAAACGGAACAACCGGACCAAGCGGCCGGUCUUCAAGGUUCUCCAGGGGCAGAUCGCAUUCCGGUUGGUGUGCCACGCGUCAACCGUUGGCGGCCUGAUCGGGAGCUCCGGUUCAAUCGUGUCGCAGCUCCGACGAGACACCGGUUGCAAAAUCCACUGCGAGGACUCAGUCUCCGGCACCGACGACCGGGUCAUACUGGUAAUUGGGCCGGUUUUACCCCGGAAAGGUGUCGCCUUGUCCGAUGGGGACGUCGAUUUGGUCGAUGUUUCGAGCGCCCAAGAAGCUGUUCUUAGAGUUUUCGAGAGGAUUUGUGAGCUCGAAGUGGAGAAAGGGUUCAACAACCCCAAUAGGGUUGUGAAUGGAGAAGUUACGUGCAAGUUGCUGGCUCACACUUCUCAGAUUGGUGCGGUCGUUGGAAAAGGAGGAAAGAACAUAAGCACAAUUAGGAACAAUAGUGGUGCCAAGAUUAGGGUUUGUCCCUCUCCACAGUGUGCUGAUAAAGAUGAGGAGUUACUUCUGAUAACUGGUGGGAUUUUGGCUGUAAAGAAAGCACUGAUUUCUGUAUCUUACUGUCUUCAAGAUUGUCCCCCAUUGAACAAAGUUUCACAACCUGUGGCCACAUCCACUGUUAGCUCUUCUGAUACAUUGUCUCUUGAUCCGAAUGCUGACCUUUUCCCUCAUCUUAAUUCAUGGUUACUCUCCAUGGAAGGUUUAUCUAUUUAUGACUCUUACGAUGCAUCAAAACGGACAACAAAGUCUAAUGGAGCUUCCAGCCAUGAGACAAAAGUUACCGAACGUGAAAUUGUGUUCAGACUGCUUUGCUCUAAUAAUGUAGCCGGGAGUGUGAUUGGCAAAAAAGGGGCUAUAGUCAGAAAUCUAGAAAGCAAAACAGGUGCAUCUAUUAUCUUUGCAGCUCCUUUAAGCGAGUUUGCUGAACGCAUUGUCACCAUUUCUGCUAUAGAGAACCUUGAAUCAUGUUAUUCUCCUUCCCAAGAUGCUGUUUUUCUUGUCUUUGCUAGAAUUAUUGAAGAUCACAUUGAAAAGGGCUUUCUCUCCAUCUCAAGUAUGGAGUCACCUGUAACUGUGAGGCUUUUAAUUACAUCAAGUUCAGUUAGUUGUUUGAGUGGCAAUGAAAGUCAAGUAAUUUCAGAGUUGAAAGAAUUAACUGGUGCUGAUAUACAAAUUUUGUAUGGAGAGUCAGUUCCUACUGCUACAGAUAAUGAUGUUGUAUUGCAGAUUACUGGUGCGUACAGAUGUGUACAAAAUGCUCUAUAUAAAGUCACUUGUAUAAUCAGGGAUAAUUUUUCACCCAACGAGGUGCCUGCUGAAUCAAGAAUGAAAUCCAGUUGGAAACCGAACAAGGAUCCUCCAAGGGGUAAUCAUUUUGGCCACGGAAGAUCUUUCCCUUCUGGGAGGUUUCUGCAAAAGAAUGUUGCAGUGCAUGCUGAAACAAUCUCAAAAAAUGGAGAGGUACAUUCAGAUUUAAGCGGGAGAGCAAACUUGCUUGCUACCGUGACAAACACAACCGUGGAGAUUGUAGUUUCUGAGCAUGUCUUUGGUUCUGUUUAUGGCGAAGAUGGUGGUAAUUUGGAUCGAAUCAAACAGAUUUCAGGGGCAGAUGUUCAAGUUUACGAUCCUUGCGCUGGUAAAAGUGGUGGCAGGGUUGUAAUAUCUGGGACACCGGAUCAAACCUUUGCGGCGCAGAGCUUACUUCAGGCAUUCAUUCAAACUGGGCAAAGAGGACCAGAAUGAUAGAUAGUGUUUAGUGUUUCAAAUCAGCUGAUGCAAAAAGAUGCAUUUACUUCUCAGGUGCUUCCCUUUAGAGAGGUGCCAUAAAGUGGUGUAUAUACAACCAGAAAAAGAAAAAAAAAGAACAUAAGAAGGAAAAAUAUCACACGACCAACUUCACCUUGUGAAUAUGAUGGAAUGGUUAUUCUUAUUCACUCUUUUCUUAAAAGAUAAUGAUGCUUACCUCCUUAGACUAGAAACGCAGAUCUUGUUCUGAUUUAGUGAUUUUUCUGUCCCUCCUUUCCCUCUGUUUUCCUUUUUUUGUGUAAUUUUUUAAGAGGUGGAGGAAGCUAGGUACUGUAAGUCUGUAACAUUGUUAAUUAAAUUAUGUUUCUCCAGGACUUAUCAAUAAGAAUUUAACUUUAUCUUCUUUUCUUUUUA